AUGGGCUACGGAGCCCUGGUUGUGACGGACGCGCUGCCUUCGGACACGGGCUUCUACCGGUGCAUGUGGGCUGGCAGGGAGUACGCCACCUACCACCUCCAGGUGGUGGCCCGGGAACCGUACUCCAUGGUUUGGGAGAACGCGCACAACAGCACCGAGGAGCGAGCCGACGUCGCCGGUUUUCCGCUGGUCACGUGGCUCGAGUGGUCCGAGUGGAGCGGCUGCGACCGCUGCGGCUCAGUCGGCAGGCGCCGCCGAGCCGGCAUCUGCACCGUCGGAUACAAGGGUGUCAACAGGACGCUACCCAAGGAAGCAGCAAUAAUGACGCUUCUCCUGAACCUUUUCCCGGAAGGCCUCCCCUGUCGGUCUGCACUGAUACCGGAUGUCAUCUCGUCGGUGCUCAAGGACCACUGGAGCGUGCACAUGAUUGGCCUGUGCAGUGAGCCCUGCGUUCGGGGCAAGGGCGUCGUGGUGGUGACUGACUCGUCGGGUCUCGUUGAGGAGGUGGUAGACAACAGCCGCGGCAUCUUCUCUCUGCGCCAGAAGAUUCUCGAGUUGCCCAAGAGAGUGCGGCGCCGAACGGUCAGCCGGGUGCGCGGCAGCGAGGUUCUCCUUUCCUGCUCGAGGCAGCGGUUUGACAGUAAGUUCUACCAGUGGCGCAACGGCUCCGUGCUGCUCAACCCCAUGGUCGUAUCCCAGCUGUCCGAUGGCCGCGUCAAGAUAGACCUCGCCAACAACCUGCACAUACUCCGUGCGGAGUUCUGGGACACGGGAAUCUACAACUGCUAUGACGGCACAUCUCUAGUCGCAACGGUCAAGCUGAAAAUCACAAGACCAAGCAUGAUCGCCAGGCUUCACGUAGUUCGCUUCAUACUUCAACGUUGCCGCUCUUAG